AUGGCUCAGAAGUGUGUCCACAGCGGUUGUGGCAAGGAAUACACCGACCCAGACGAGACUUGUGUCUACCAUCCGGGUCCUCCAGUCUUUCAUGAGGGCCAAAAGGGCUGGAAAUGCUGUAAACCAAGAGUUCUUACCUUUGAUGAAUUCCUCGAAAUACCACCUUGCACAGAAGGGAAGCAUAGUACAACCGAUCUACCCCCGGAGAUUGAAAAGAAGGCACCGGAAAAUACCGAUGCGACUUCGUCCUUAGCUUCAAAACUCGCUGAAGUAGUAUCUGCCGAACCCACUCGCGCCCCUCGCGCCCCUCUCACCCCUCAGCCUGCUCCUACUGCGACCCCGCCGCCUCCCGAGUCCGAAGAUGACGAUGCAUCUCUCGAGAUCCCCGAUGGCAGGGUUUGCCGUCGGAAAGGCUGCAAUGUAGCUUACAAGAAGAGCGAAGGCAGGUCUGAUGAUGAGAAAUGUGUUCAUCAUCCUGGCGCCCCCAUAUUCCACGAAGGUAGUAAGGGUUAUAGCUGCUGCAAGCGACGGGUGCUGGAGUUUGACCAGUUCAUGAAGAUUGAGGGGUGUAAAACUUCGCCCAGGCACUUGUUCAUCGGGUCCGGGCAGCAGAAGAAGUCCGCCGCGGCCGAUUCUUCCGCAAAUGGAGAGGAGCUACUCGAGACCGUGCGGCAUGACUUCUACCAGACACCUUCGACGGCGAUAGCCUCUUUCUUCCUCAAGAAGAUUGACAAGGAUAAAGCGACGGUAAAAUUCGAGACUCAGGCACUUGUGCUUGACCUACCAACGACCGAUGCGCAGCCUAAGCGUUAUAAAACCAGCGUCCCCUUGUUCGGGCGCAUUGACCCCGAGAAAUCGACGUACAAGGUCCUCGGCACAAAGCUCGAAGUUAGCUUGUACAAGGCGGAUGGCGCGAGCUGGCCCGUCCUGCGGAGCGAUGAGCGACUGACAGGCGAGAUCUUACAGGUCGGACGGGCGGGACGCGUGUAG